AACUACCUAACUAAUUUAAUAAUAAUAACAGUGUAGUUGUAUUAAUAAAUAGUUAAAAUGUCGUUCGGAUAUAUGUUCAACCUUUACCUUCAAACCGAAAAAUAAUAUUUGAACCUAUUCUGCAUACAAAUGGAUGCGAAUGAAUUAAUCAGUUUUAAUUUUUCAUUGAAGCAAGUUGAGUAUUCGUAGAGUUUCAUUUUUUACAUAUAAAUUAUGGUAGACCAGCCGAAUAAAACAAUAAGUGAAUAUGACAGAAAAAUGCAAGAACUACAUGAUCUUCUCAAACAAGAAGAAAUGUUGAGCAAGAUACAGUACGACCAAAAAUAUUUCGAAAGGUUUUUGUUCAGCUCCAACUUUGAAGUUGCCGAAGCCUUUAAAAGAAUGAAGCUCUUUUAUGAUCUUCUGUUCCAAUACCCCGAAUGGAUGACCAAAGAACCACCAGUCAACAAAAGACAUUUAAUAGACAAAGAGAUACGUGUUGCUCUUCCCGAUACAGACAAAGAAGGAAGACCUAUAUAUUUAGUUAAAAUAGGAAAUGUUGACUGUAACACAAUGUCCCUAACAGACGUGGUAGCUGUGGACGACAUCUGGCUAGAAUCGAUCAUUUUGAACAGCAAAGCUUGCAAGCAAGGCUUGUGCGUCAUAGUAGACAUUGCCAACUAUCCCUGGAGGAUGAUCAAAUGGCUCACUCCCCACAACAUCAAACUAUCUCUAAGAAAGUUAGAGUCCAUACCCAUUAAAGAGUACAGAUUUCAUAUUGUAAACCAGGCAACUAUGAUACAUGCGGCUAUCAAACUGACUUGGCCUCUAUUACCGGAAUAUAUUAAAGAAAUGGUCAAAUUUCACUGGAAUGACAGAGAAUCCCUUCACAACCACAUCGAUCCCAAAGUCUUACCACUUGAAUAUGGCGGAUUUAAUCAUAAGUUAGACUACCAAAAAAUUAACACAGAUCUGUACGAACAAAAUGAGCAAAUCCACAUGAGCUUCAAACGAUAUAGAGAAGUAGCUCUGAAAUGACCCAGUAUCUCAUAUUGAUAUACCUAAUAAAAAACACAAUUAAUUUAUAAAAAGUACCUUUAAUUAUACAAAUACAUUAUAUUUUAUACACCGAAAAUGAUAUUUUUUUAUAAAAUUGACACCAAAAGGUAUUUAUUUUAAUAUACUUUUAUUUAAGAACCAAACCUUAAAAACAAAGUGUAAUUCAUAUCAUUACAAAUUGUGAAUUUAUUUUUUUUGAAAUAGAAAUACAGGGUGUGCCAAUAUUCCCAACAGACGGUCUUAAUUCGGUACAAGUAAAAUGUCCGUAUUUUUCGUCUACACACAAGUUUAAUUCGAUACGUUUUGACUGGACAGGUAAAACGUAAGAUAAAACCUUAUGUGUAGACGAAGCUUUAAAAUUUGAGAGAGAUAAAAAAUAAAUACGAAAGUAAUAAAAGUGUUGAGAGAUUCGUUAGAUAUUUUUUCUCAGUAAAAAUGCAUAUUUUUAACAAAUGAAGUACUUAAAUAUUUAAAUACUAUGAUAAUACUAAAUAAAUAGUCCUGUUUCAUAGAAAACAUCGAUUAAAAAAAGUAUCCAUAAGUCGAGAUUUUACAAUAGUAAUCGAUGAUUUAUAAACAUCAAUAUAUCGUUUACAUCCCUACGUCUGAGUGUUGUCAACUUUUUUUUCCUUAGAUCAGAGAGAAAUUGUCAAAGUAGCAACAUGGCUAUUCAUAUUAAGGCGCAUUCUCACCACUGGUGUACUUGACAAACAUUUGUUAUUGGAAUAUACUUGCCAUGUCGUAAGAACGGUUUACUUGGUCACUCGUCGCGUCCCCACUCUCUGUCGAUAAAUAUAGCCCGAGUCAAAGGAUCACAAUAAUUAUUCGUACACUUGCCAAGUGUACUUGGCCAGCCUUGUCUAUACCUGCCGAGGCGCAAAAAAACGACUGCGCAAAUAAUUGUACUGUUACAGAGUAUGUCCCGCGAAAUGUCCCCUUUAUUUCCGAAUCGUAGGUGUUUUUCGGUUUAAUUGCGGAUAAUUUAAAAUGUUAAAACAAUAAUAGAUUAUAUAAUAGCAAAUUUACAUUAUAACUUCAAUAUUGGCGACAUACCUAAAUUGUUCUCACAGCAAUAAAUGGAGUGGACAAAUGAAGAUUACACGGAAAAAAAAAGAUAUGUCACAUUUUCAUAGAAAUUAAGAAAGCGAUACAACUUUAUAGGAAAUGUUAGCGUCAUUCGAGAAAAAAAGCAAUAAUACGCCUAGUCCCAGAGAUAUUACAGCUUGGUUAUUUAGCCAUACAAGGGAAAAACCAGAGUAGUCCACGCGUAAAUGACAAAAACUAGAGAUGUCCUUACGCAUGGUCGACAAGCAUGCAUCUUGCAAUUAGUAUUAUAUGUUAUAAAUUUAUGUAUUGUAAUAAAAACCGACUUAAUUAUUAAUUUUCUUCCUACAACAAACACAUAAUAGUUUAGAUUUAUGUUUUAUAAAACCUGGCUUUUUUCCCUGUUUUGUUUUGCAUUUUGACAUUUUUAUUUCAGUUAAGGUAGAAUAUGGCGAUAAUUCACAAUAUUAAUAAUUCAGAAUUGGUAGUAAUAUAUAUUUUUCUAAUUAUUCAACAGAAAAUAACAUAUUUCUUUAAAAACACUAAAUUGCAUUUUUCUCGGCUCCAAUUAAAAUGGACAAAAAUCGUUUUUCCCGUCUAGUCUUCAAAUGAUGUUUUGGAAUUUGUGGAUUUAUAAGAAAAUGAGCCCUUCAUAUGGAUGGCUAAACAUAAAGAACCUAGAAAUCGUAUUGCAGUGUACAGUAUAAGAACUUAAAAAGAAAAAAGAAUCACUAGCAACGACAAUUUCGGGACGACCGGUAUCCAUCGAUGCGACUAUACUGUUUACUUGCCAAGGAUUUAACAAUGUUUGUGCUGGCGUACUUGUUAAAAUGGCACGUCGUGUGAGCGCCUCACUUGCCGAUGUUGUUUACAAAGUGGGGACUGGUGGGGAUACUUGUAAAAGUCGUGAGAGUGCGCCUUUAAAUAUAAGUAGUCCUUAAUAAGUAACAAAAAAUAUUCGAUAAUCGAACUCUAAACUAAAUGAAGACAGCGACUUUCUUAUGAUAUGAACACUCGGCAUGAAGGAUUUAAUACUAUUAUUACAGUAAAGUCAGUAUAUACACCUAAUUAUUGCUAAUAAUAAAUCAACCACCAUUAGAAAUUUGAAAUAUUUGAAAACAGUGAUAAGAGUAACACCCAAUUCACUUUUAAAAGGCAAGAAAAUAUUUUUGUUCAUAUUAUUUCAUAGAUAUACAGGGUGACCCUGGCUGAGCUUCCAUUAGAGGUAGUCUAGAAAACUACAAUAUGUUUUUCAACUUAUUAUUUCGGUAUAUUAAGUAUCCAUAUCAAUCUAUAAGGCUAGUAUAUUUAGGAAAUUAGGCAAAAUUUAGCAUUAGGAAAUGUGGAAAAGUAUAAACGAGAUUAACAAUUUUAGAACAAGCAAAAUUUUUUAUGAAGAAUGCAUUUUUUUCAAAAUGCCAAUAAUGAAAAGGUUUUUCCUCUUGUAAAGACAAUCCAGGGAC